GGUCUCAGGAGGACAUGCUGACUCUGCUGGAGUGCAUGAAGAACAACCUGCCCUCCAACGACGGGAGCAAGUUCAAAACCACCGAGUCCCACCUGGAUUGGGAGAAAGUGGCUUUCAAGGACUUCUCAGGAGAGAUGUGCAAGAUGAAGUGGAUGGAGAUUUCUAAUGAGGUGAGGAAGUUUCGGACCCUCACGGAGCUCAUUAUGGACGCCGAAGAACACGUGAAGAACCCUUACAAGGGCAAAAAGCUCAAGAAACACCCCGACUUCCCCAAGAAGCCCCUGACUCCCUAUUUCCGCUUCUUCAUGGAGAAGCGGGCCAAAUACGCCAAGCUGCACCCCGAAAUGAGCAACCUGGAUCUCACCAAGAUCCUGUCCAAGAAAUACAAGGAGCUUCCUGAGAAGAAAAAGAUGAAAUACAUCCAGGACUUCCAGCGAGAAAAGCAGGAGUUUGAGAGGAACCUGGCAAGGUUCAGGGAAGAUCACCCAGAUCUCAUCCAGAACGCCAAGAAAUCCGACGUCCCUGAAAAACCCAAGACCCCCCAACAGCUCUGGUACAACCACGAGAAGAAGAUCUACUUGAAAGUGCGUCCAGAUGAGAUCAUGCGUGACUACAUCCAGAAGCACCCCGAGCUGAACAUCAGUGAGGAGGGCAUCACCCGCUCCACCCUCACCAAGGCCGAGCGACAGCUCAAGGACAAGUUCGAUGGACGACCCACGAAACCACCCCCGAACAGCUACUCCCUGUACUGUGCAGAGCUGAUGGCCAACAUGAAAGACGUGCCCAGCACCGAGCGGAUGGUGCUGUGCAGCCAGCAGUGGAAGCUGCUCUCCCAGAAGGAAAAAGAUGCCUACCACAAAAAGUGUGAUCAGAAAAAGAAAGACUAUGAAAUCGAGCUGCUCCGCUUCCUGGAGAGCCUGCCCGAGGAGGAGCAGCAGCGGGUGCUGGGUGAGGAGAAGAUGUUGGGCAGCAACAGGAAAGGGGCCACGAGUCCUGCAUCCAAAAAAUCCUCCCCAGAGAUCGGCAAGGCCAGCUCAGAGAAACCCAAACGACCCAUCUCUGCCAUGUUCAUCUUCUCGGAGGAGAAGCGGAAGCAGCUGCAGGAGGAGCGGCCGGAGCUGUCGGAGAGUGAGCUGACCCGCCUGCUGGCCCGCAUGUGGAACGACCUCUCUGAGAAGAAGAAGGCCAAGUACAAGGCGCGGGAGGCGGCGAUGAAGGCGCAGUCGGAGAAGAAACACGGCUCAGAUAAAGAGGAACGUGGGAAGCUGCCCGAGUCUCCCAAAACAGCUGAGGAGAUCUGGCAGCAGAGCGUCAUUGGGGACUACCUGGCUCGUUUCAAGAACGACCGGGGGAAAGCUCUGAAGGCCAUGGAGGCCACUUGGAACAACAUGGAGAAGAAGGAGAAGCUGAUGUGGAUCAAGAAAGCGGCGGAGGAUCAGAAGCGAUACGAGAGGGAGCUGAGUGAGAUGCGAGCCCCUCCGUGCUCCACCAACUCUGCCAAGAAAAUGAAGUUCCAGGGAGAGCCAAAGAAACCCCCCAUGAACGGUUACCAGAAGUUCUCCCAGGAGCUGCUGUCCAACGGGGAGCUGAACCACCUGCCCCUGAAGGAGCGGAUGGUGGAGAUCGGCAGCCGCUGGCAGCGCAUCUCCCAGGGCCAGAAGGACCACUACAAAAAACUGGCAGAGGAGCAGCAGAAACAGUACAAGGUGCACCUCGACAUCUGGCUCAAGAGCCUCUCUCCCCAGGAACGAGCUGCCUACAAGGAACACACAUCCAAUAAACGCAAGAGCAUAGGGAAGAUCCGGGGUCCCAACCCCAAGAUGAAGCCAACGAUGCAGUCCAAGUCGGAGUCAGAGGAUGAUGACGAGGAGGAAGAGGAGGAGGAAGACGACGAUGAAGACGAGGAUGACGACGAUGACAACGGUGACUCGUCGGAGGAAGGGGGUGACUCCUCAGAGUCCAGCAGCGAGGAGGAGAGCGAGGAUGGGGACGAG